CCAUUCACGUGCACCCCUUCCCUCCCUGCGGCUCGUCUCGCCAUGGCCGUGCUGUCCCACGGCAACGCCGGCACGGUGGUCCUUCUGCUGCUGACGGCGUCGUCGUCGUCGUUGCUGGGGAUGGUGGUGCCGGCCCUGGCCGCGGACCCGCCAUUCUCCUGCGGGCCGUCGUCCACGGCCGCGACGCAGGGGUACGCCUUCUGCGACGCGACGCUGCCGGUGGCGCAGCGGGCGGCGGACCUGGUGGCGCGGCUGACGACGGCGGAGAAGGUGGCGCAGCUGGGCGACGAGGCCGCGGGCGUGCCGCGGCUGGGCGUGCCGGCCUACAAGUGGUGGAACGAGGCGCUGCACGGGCUGGCCACCUCCGGCAAGGGCCUCCACUUCAACGGCGCCGUCCGCAGCGCCACCAGCUUCCCGCAGGUCAGCCUCACCGCCGCCGCCUUCGACGACGACCUCUGGCUCCGCAUCGGCCAGGCGAUCGGCAGGGAGGCUCGGGCGCUGUACAACGUGGGGCAGGCGGAGGGGCUGACGAUGUGGUCCCCGAACGUGAACAUCUACCGUGACCCGCGGUGGGGCCGCGGGCAGGAGACCCCGGGGGAGGACCCGACGACGGCGAGCCGCUACGGCGUGGCGUUCGUCAAGGGCCUGCAGGGGAACUCGACGUCGUCGUCGCUGCUGCAGACGUCGGCGUGCUGCAAGCACGCGACGGCGUACGACCUGGAGGACUGGGGCGGCGUGGCCCGGUACAACUUCGACGCGAGGGUGACGGCGCAGGACCUGGAGGACACGUACAACCCGCCCUUCCGGAGCUGCGUGGUGGACGGCAAGGCCAGCUGCGUCAUGUGCGCCUACACCGCCAUCAAUGGCGUCCCCGCAUGCGCCAACUCCGGCCUCCUCACCAACACCGUCAGGGCCGACUGGGGCCUCGACGGGUACGUCGCCUCCGACUGCGACGCCGUCGCCAUCAUGCGUGACGCGCAGCGGUACGCGCCCACGCCGGAGGACGCGGUUGCACUCGCGCUCAAGGCCGGGCUGGACAUCGACUGCGGGACGUACAUGCAGCAGCACGCGCCGGCCGCCCUCCAGCAGGGGAAGAUCACGGAGGACGACGUCGACAAGGCGCUCAAGAACCUCUUCGCCAUCCGGAUGCGCCUCGGCCACUUCGACGGCGACCCCAGGGCCAACAUAUACGGCGGCCUCAACGCCGCCCACAUCUGCACCCCGGAGCACAGGAGCCUCGCCCUCGAAGCCGCGCAGGACGGCAUCGUCCUCCUCAAGAACGACGCCGGCAUCCUCCCGCUCGACCGGGCCGCCAUCGCCUCCGCCGCCGUCAUCGGUCCCAACGCCAACAACCCCGGCCUGCUCAUCGGCAACUACUUCGGCCCGCCGUGCGAGUCCGUCACGCCGCUCAAGGGGGUCCAGGGCUACGUCAAGGACGUCAGGUUCAUGGCCGGGUGCGGCUCGGCGGCCUGCGACGUGGCCGACACGGACCAGGCGGCCACGCUCGCGGGCUCGUCCGACUACGUGCUCCUCUUCAUGGGGCUCAGCCAGCAGCAGGAGAGCGAAGGGCGCGACAGGACCAGCCUGCUGCUCCCCGGGCAGCAGCAGAGCCUCAUCACCGCCGUCGCCGACGCCGCCAAGAGGCCCGUCAUCCUGGUGCUCCUCACGGGCGGGCCGGUGGACGUGACCUUCGCCAAGAACAACCCCAAGAUCGGCGCCAUCCUCUGGGCCGGAUACCCCGGCCAGGCCGGCGGGCUCGCCAUCGCCAGGGUGCUCUUCGGCGACCACAACCCAGGCGGGAGGCUGCCCGUGACCUGGUACCCGGAAGAGUUCACCAAGGUGCCCAUGACCGACAUGCGGAUGCGCGCCGACCCGGCCACCGGUUACCCCGGCCGGAGCUACCGCUUCUACCAGGGAGAGACUGUCUACAAGUUUGGUUACGGCCUCAGCUACUCCAGCUACUCUCGCCGGCUGCUCUCAUCCGGCACGCCCAACACGGACUUGCUCGCAGGCCUGAGCACAAUGCCAACACCGGCGGAAGAAGGCGGCGUCGCGAGCUACCAUGUCGAACAUAUUGGCGCCCGAGGGUGCGAGCAGCUCAAGUUCCCGGCCGUGGUCGAGGUGGAAAACCACGGACCCAUGGACGGCAAGCACUCGGUGCUCAUGUACCUCCGGUGGGCCAACGCAACCGCCGGCCGGCCAGCGAAGCAGCUGAUCGGGUUCAGGAGACAGCACCUCAAGGCUGGAGAGAAGGCCAGCCUCACAUUUGACAUCAGCCCAUGUGAGCAUUUUAGCAGAGUAAGGAAGGAUGGCAACAAGGUGGUAGACAGAGGGUCUCAUUUCCUCAUGGUUGACAUGCAUGAGAUGGAGAUAACAUUCGAGGUUUGAUCGACCUUUAGUAGAUUGCAGCUACGGAAUAGAGGUGGAUACAUACAAUGUAAUUCCCCCAUUGUAGUAUAGUUUAUAUUUGCAUUGGUGCGAGUAGAGUACCCAUCGGAAAUGAGAUUUGUAGGCUGUUGUAAGGGA